GCCCUGUCAAAUUAUUUUUGACAUAUUUUUGAAGCCCAUGGGCUCGUAAUCCAUAAUGAUGACUCAUCGGAGUUGGUUUUUGUUUAGUUCAUCUUGCACUCGUUCUUGAACUCAGGCAGACAUCUCGAGAAAUCUCUGGUUUUUCGAUUUGCGAAGAGGAUAUGGUUAAGCCGAAACAACAGAAGAAGCUAUCCCAGAAGAAACAACAACACCCACAAAUUAAGAAGCAAGGAAAACAGGCUGAUACUUCUCAAUUUCAGACUCAGUUGGAUGCUCUGGGCUUACGUAUUGUUGAAGUGACAGCAGAUGGUAAUUGUUUCUUCAGAGCCCUUGCUGAUCAGUUGGAAGGCAAUGAGGAGGAGCAUCGAAAGUACCGCAGCAUGGUGGUGAAACACAUAUUGGAUAACCGGGAAAUGUUUGAACCCUUUAUUGAAGACGAAGUCCCAUUUGAUGAAUAUUGCCAGUCCAUGGACAACGAUGGUACAUGGGCUGGUCAUAUGGAAUUGCAGGCAGCUUCUCUUGUAACGCGUAGUAAUAUAUGCAUUCACCGGAACAUGUUCCCUCGGUGGUAUAUAAGAAAUUUUGAUAAUCACGGAGUUCAUAUGAUCCACUUGUCUUAUCAUGAUGGGGAGCAUUAUAACAGUGUGCGGUCAAAGGAUGAUCCUUGUGAUGGGCCUGCAAGGCCAAUUGUCAUUAAGGCUGAUGCUGAUCUUUCAGCACCAUCGCAUCAAAUAAAAGUUAUGAACAACAAACCCUGUGGGCGAGCUGGUAGGGAAAGUUUUCAACAAGGGUCCAUAAAGUUGGUUAUGGCUGGAACUGGAUGUGAAAAUGCUGAAAAAGUGGAACAGAUUCUAGAGCAGGUAAAUGGAGAUGUUGAUGCUGCAAUAGAGUUUCUAAUAGCAGAACAAGAAACAGAAGAGUGCUCUGCAGACUCUGAUUCCCUUCCGAGUCAGGUUAAUACUUGUGGUCAGGAUGAAAAUGAGAAUCAUAAGCAACAUAAAGAAGACAUGGUAGAGGGAAGCACUAAUGAUGAAUCAACUAAUAGCUCCAAGAAAACUAAUGAUAAUAUCACAUGGCAAUCAAAUGACAAGAUUCCUAGAAACAAGGUCUGCCCUUGUGGUUCCAAAAAGAAAUACAAAGCUUGUUGUGGAUCUGCCUUGGGGAAACAAUCUGCUAAGUUUGCAGUUAACCAAGCAGCUGACUCAAGAAGGGGCAAAAAAGAAAGGAAGCAAGGAAAAAAGGGGAUUUCUGCAAAAGCUGAAGUACCCUGUGAAUACGACUUGGUAACACCUGACAUGGGUGCACUUUGUAUUUGAAUUGAUUAUUGAUCAGAAGUUAGUUUUCUUCUUCCCUAGAGGAGAUAAAUUACUUAAGAUCAUUCUACCAAUAAUUGAGCUCUUCACAAUACUAAAAUCGCCAAUUCAUACUCAGGAUUUUCAAAUAGAAGGUUUGCCUUUGGCAGAAGCAAUAUCAUGAACAGGAAAAGGAUGUACAAAAGGAGAAAUAGUGCUAACAAAAUUUGUUUACAAUUUAAGUUCUUGAAGCAAGAUGCUUCUGGGAAGAACGUGGAAGUCUUGAUCAUUCUUUUCAUGGGAAAUCUCGUCUGAGAAUCAGUUUUGCCUAAAAUGUACAGGUAGAAAUAUUAUUGAUAAUGAUUUUCAGUCAAAAAGUUCAGCUAAACAAGGUUCCUUUCUCCUUUUAACAUUUUCGGUAGAGUCAAUGUACCAGAAUAGAGGAAAAGAACAUCAUCUCAGUAAUCUAAGACUAGACUUGUUCAAAAGAGGAAGAAUUAACACUCCUAGUGAUUGUCAGAUGUCACGUACUAGUUCUUAAUCUGUUUGACUUGGCUUGAUUUUCGAGAAAUUGCACCUUUAAGUUAAA